AUGUUCUCUUUAGUAGAAGACACUUCAUUACCUGCUAACGCUCAAGUUCCACCAGCUCAAGAUACUAAGAAACAUAGUAGGAAACGGAAAUGUGAUACUGCAAAUGAGACAAAAGACAAGUUGCAAGAUCAGAGUGUUAUUAGCGAGAAGCCAGAAAGCCCAGAAAUAAUUGAUUUAGAAGAUCCAACAAAGCCAUAUCCAGUUGGUCUCUUCCAAACUGUUGAUCAUUCGCAGCCUUCACAAGCAACGUUUACAACUCCUGCUAUGAAAAAGCAGUCUUAUACAGUAGUACAAACUGGAGAUCCAAGUAAAUUAUUAAUAUCAACUAAAGCCAAAGCCGUUGAGACGGAAGUGCCUAAAAAACGUCAAAGAAAAGCUAAACAUGAAACAGCCCAGUCUAGCUCCAAAGAGCCCUUCACAGUCACUUUAGAAGAUGUUGCACAUCCAAAAGAUACAGGGUUUUUCACAUUUAUCAACGUAGACCCACUAUUGCAGCCUUCUUACGUAUUACCAACCGAUAAUAUUAUACAGGAAUCACAAAUUUCUACCUCUUCUGCAGUUUUGCGUGAAACUGCGGAUAGUAAAGAUUCUAAAGAUAAAGGGAAGUAUUCAUGUAAUUUGUGUAAUGAGAAAUUUACUAGAGAAAAGAAAUUGGUAUCACACCUACAAUCUCAUUAUUUGAAGAUGGACGAGGAGGAUCAGAUGCGAGGGGAAAAGACUACAAAGAAGAAAGUAAGGAAAUAG